AUGAAACUAUUUCUCGAAGAUUAUUCAUUAGGCGAAUAUCGAGAAAUCCACUAUCAUAGAGCUAAUAAAAUAUCAUUCAUAAUUGAUGGAAUUAUUUUAGAUUAUGCAAAGUUACAUAAUGCAAGCAUUGAUGUAAUUAAUUCAAUUCAAGAACUUGCAAAUGGAAUUAAAUAUUCAGAUGAUUUCGAAUUUAGUGAUAGAUGGCUUCCAAAAAACAAUUAUCUCUAUUCUCCAUUUAUUAACUACAAAACUGGAAAAUAUACUAGAAUUCCAAAUCGUUCUCUUGAAGAACUCGGACUUGAAGAACUCCACGUGGUCAACUGCCGUUGGUCCAAGAAAAAAUGA